CCCGCGGAGGGUUGUAAACAGGCUUAGCGGUGGCCGAGCUGCAGCCCUGCUGCGUCCGCGUCUCCGGCAUGCCCGAGGCGGGCGGGGGUUUCCCCGCCGCGAGCUCAGCGCCCACCUGAGGUAACUCCUGCGGCCUCGGGUCCGGCGUACCCGCGCCGCGCGGAGCCGCCGCUGCUGGCCGCUGUCGAGGCCGGCCGAGCCCCCGGCCCUGGCAGGGGGUGUGGCUGCCCGUUGUGCGGUCCGCGACAGGUGGGCGGGUCGGGGGCGGCCGUCGAGGACCGGGUCUCGCACCGCCCUGGGCCGGGGCCCAGGCGCCUAUCCGGCCGAAAGGCGGCAGCGACCCCGGGCCGUGGGCUCUUCCGCCCCGGUUUUCGAGGCUGCCCUUGGGCUGGGCUGAGCCGGGGGCCGCAGGAGCCAUCGGGCGCUGAGGGCCCGGGGCUGCCAGCGUGGAGUCCCAGUUGAAGUCCUGUCCCCGACGGGCUGUGAGACCUUGGGCAAGUCAGCCCUCCCCUUGGCCUGAGUUUCCACAUCUGUAAAAUGAAAGGAUGGACUAGGUGAUUUCUGAGGAUCUUACUCUUCCGACGUGUGUGAUCUCGAGAGAGGCCUGUAUACAUUGGAAGCUGCCAGAGGGAAAGCAUAGCUUGAAGUCCAUGGCCCAAAAUGACUCUACCACUGGAGACUUUCUUCCGUAAAGAGGAAGACCACACAGGAGGUUGGGAUGAGCAUGCCACUGCAUCAGAUCUCUGCCAUUCCAUCCCAGGAUGCCACCUCUGCUAGAGUCUACAGAAGUAAAACCAAAGAAAAGGAGAGGGAAGAGCAGCAUGAGAAGACUUUGGGACAUUCCAUGAGUCAUUCAAGUAACAUUUCUAAGGCUGGGGGCUCUUCAGUGGCAUCCGCUCCAGUGUCCGCCUUCUCUCGCACUUCUGUCACGCCCUCCAAUCAGGACAUCUGCAGUUCCAGUGCAGUGUUUUCUGAGUGUUGUCACCACAGUCCCGUGCAGUCUGCUGUUGUCUUGAAAGCUCCUCCCUGCCAGAGUUCUCUGACACAAGGGCUCACUGUGACAGUUGUCUGUCAAGACACAGUGCAGGCAUCAAAGAGAAAUUCCCAUGGCUCAGAGUGGGUCCAGGCCUUGAAGCCUGCUAAGAAUACCAAAGCCAGAAGAACACUGAAGUUCUCAAAAUCCCUGAAUGAUGUGGGUGAGAAGGCCCCGGAUGCUUUGGAAAGUUUUGACUAUGCGGAGAGGACUUGCUCUGAAGGGAAACUGAUACUCCCUCAAGACCCAUGUCUCAGUAUUAACAGGCUCCACCAGAAAGAAAAAAGAACACUGAGUCGCAAACCUCUUGGCAGUUCCAAACAUUCUUGUGUUUCAUCCCUUUCCGCCAAUCGUUCAGCGGCCUCAGAGGUGGGAGCCGGCAAGGGGGGCACGCACGUCCUGCUUCUGGACGAGAAGGCAGAUGGCGAGGCCGUGUCCAGAAGCCGGCGGCUGCUCCAGUACCUGUUCUCGCUGUCACACGGCUUGAGCACCAGCAGCCUGCACUGGUUCCACGAGCUGGAGAGCUGCACUGCCGGCCCGCACCCUGCCAAGUCCUCCAGCGGGCUGGCUGGGAGCGCGGGCUUCUUCUCCGACGAAACGGGAGAUGAUGACGUCUUUGAGGACAGCACAUCCACAAAACCGAAGAGCAGGGUCCUGCGGGCGCCCCUCUGCUCGGUGGAAAAGGACAGUGACCUGGAUGGUCCUUCCCCUCUCUCUGAAAAGGGCCCCCCCAUCUCUCCCGUGUCCACGUCAGGGGAUGUCUGCAGGAUCUGUCACUGUGAAGGGGAUGACGAGAGCCCUCUGAUCACACCCUGCCACUGCACAGGGAGCCUCCACUUUGUGCACCAGACCUGCCUGCAGCAGUGGAUCAAGAGCUCCGACACACGCUGCUGUGAGCUGUGCAAGUACGAGUUCAUCAUGGAGACCAAGCUGAAGCCUCUGAGAAAAUGGGAGAAGCUGCAGAUGACAGCCAGCGAGCGCAGGAAGAUCAUGUGCUCCGUGACGUUCCACAUCAUUGCUAUCACCUGUGUGGUCUGGUCCUUGUACGUGCUCAUCGACCGCACUGCUGAGGAGAUCAAGCAGGGGCAGGCAACAGUGACUCCCCUGGAAAAUCCUCACGUCAGCUGUGCACGGCUGGGUUCUGCUUCCGCCAGCGUGUCUACAGGAAGGGAAGUUGGAAGAGCCCGUAACACCGUGAUGGGGCGCUGGCUGGGUUCUGGCCUGUAGUCUUGAGCAGAAUGAAAGAAUAAGAUGCCAAACCUGAGGUUAGAGCAGGAGCUGGUAGCGCCUGGGUCCUGAUGCGCCUCUUCCAGUUGGCAGGUCCCCCCACCGACCCUCUGGAGUGGAGUGUUGGGAACAUCUAGCCAUGAGGAGAGGCUUCCCCCUCACCAAGCAGAGCGCGGGGAGGCCGCCACUGACAGUUCCCGAGCAGACGGGCCGUGGUGCUCUGUGCGUGGUGGUGAGUGAUUCACUAAGCAAAGCAAAGCACUUUACAAAAAGAGAAUCUGUAUUUUGUAAUAUGUGUGUCCUGUGGGAUUGACAUUUAAAAGGACGUCUCAUUUAGAAACCUUCCCUUCAUGACCCUGAUUAUCUCUUUCACAUUAUAAUAGAUCUAAAACCCUUUUUGCCUUAUAUAUGCUAAGAAAUGUGACGUCUACUCUGGACACAAGUCCAUAAAAGGGACUUGUGACUCUAAAGCAGGACAAACAGGUCUGAGGCUUUUUCAUAACACCUUGUGGGAAUUAAUGGAUGCUAAAUGGCAAUUCGAGCAUAAUUUCUGUGGUUUUGAGCCUGUUUUGUGACAAGUCUUCAUGUCAUAGGGCUGCCCUGAAUGUUUCUUUUUUUUUGGUCAGCCCGGAAGAAGGGUUCAUGAGGUCUAAAUGAAAAGAAGCGAGUAAUUAGAACAAAACUGAAUAUUUAAAAACUACUCCUUUAAAGGCAAACCUCUCCAGUUUGUGCCGGCUUCACACUGAUGGAGUAGGCAUUGCGUCGUCCUGGUCUGGGGCAUGCACGCUGCAGGUGCCCCUGGGUGCCUGCCACUCAGCCAGCCCCUGCUCCUGGCACAUUCUGUGGACCACUGCCCAGGGCAGAGAUGCAGACAGGCUGCCUCUGGGGUGAGGGCCAGGAGUGAGCAGCAAACUGCCCUGGUCCACUGUCCCUGCUCCCAGCCACUCCCCUGCCCAUUUGUCGCCUUAACUGGACUGAACAGAGAGGAUCCUUUAGGGGCCCCUGGCCCUGCUAUCAGUCCAUUCUGUCAUCAGGGAUUAUCUCCUGUACCAUUUUUCAUAAAACAAAACCAAAAUUACUACCAUCAAAUGGCCUUUGUCCUUUUAAAAAGGUCUGCUUAAAAUUCUGUUUCUGAAGACCAGUUUCAUCAUGCCAGGCAAAUAAGAGUCAACUCCAGGAAAACAGGCCAGGGGAGUCUGCAGUGUAAGUUAGGUCUGCCGGGAUGCUUACUCUCCAGAAAGCGCCGCAGAUGAGCAUCUGGGGGGAGAUGCCUGGGGGUCCUGCCCUCCAUCCUCUGAGCCUUAGUUGCUUCAUCCAGCUGUUAAGAGGAGGAAGCAAACAGAAGAUGAUUCCUUUCCAUUUCAGAGUAGAAGCCCCGUGGUUUGUUUUGAAAGCCGGGAGGAGGCGGAAGGAUCCUUAAGCUCUGGAGGAGGACUUUGCCCUGCCGUGGCUGCUCUGGUCUGGCAGCUGCUGUCCAGUUGUAGCCCAUCCCUGGAAAUAGGGCAGCCGGCCCUCUCUGUCUCCCAGGGCACGUCCAGCCCGUGCCUGUGCUCACUGUGCCCCAAAGUGCAAUUACCUACACCCCUUCUCAGCCUGGGGACACCAGGCAGCUACAGACUGUCCACUCAGGAGACUCCCAGGUCAGCCCUGCCUGUGCCCCUUAGGAACUGCCUGGGCAAGGCCCCUUGUCCCUCUAACGGCGGAUGAGUGGUCCAGGGAAGACUGGGAUAGCUUUUUAAGUGGGAAUCUUUCCCUUUCCCCCCGGUGGAACCCCUUAUGCUGGACUUGAAAAGCACUGAGACUUUCUGUAGAGAGGAGAGUGUGCUUAGGUGGGGAUAGCCCCAGGGCAGCCCACCCAGAGUGCCUGGCGCCCUCUGCGGCAGAGGUGCCUUUAUAGCCAUGACUGUUGUGUUGCUCCCAUGCCCAACUGGACUGUCACGGGAAGCCCUGUCACUUCUUUUUAGGAAGGGCCUAAACACCAUCUCGUCACCUCCAGCCAAGCUCCUGAAAGCCUCUGCCUGUGGACAGUCAGCUCCAUGUCCUUCUUUUCUCCCCUGGGGUGGCACACAGCUACCCCGUUGCCUUUCUCUUUCCUCGCAGGUCCUGUUGAGCACCUCUGCCCCCCUACUGAGUCCCAGGGCUAAUCUCUUCCCCGAAGGGACUAAGGGUGAGUGCGAAGCCCUGCCAAGGUUGGGCUGUGCUGCCAUCUAGUGGGAGCUGUGGAUCUGCCAGGCAUUCCUUUAGUGUCAGUUUGCUCUCUAGGUUCUUUUGGGGGCUUAAUUACUCCCCAUUUCCUGAUCAUUCUGCACCUGGCUUUAGUGAGAAGAUGACACUUGGAUGAACUAUAUAGAAACGUUGAAUGCGCUUGCAGGUCUCAGGGUCAGGGGGGCCGAUAUUUGUAGGCCAGGUGAGGGGGAGAGGGAAGCAGCCUCAGGGGUGUCACCAGCCAGCCAUCUCUGAUUUGGCCUCUAUUUCCCCUCAAAUUAUAGUUCAGCUGAAGAGCUUUUGUGCUUGGGUUUAUUUUGAGAUUUUCCUGAAAAUUGUGAAAGACCUCUUCCUACCACAGGCCCCUAACGUCACUUCCUUUUUUACUUCCAUCCACUCUUUUCAAUCUUAUGGGUCCAGUUACAAAACCUGUGGGUGUGCCCUUCCUGGCUACAGACAUACGGACCCCAGGCAGUUGGGCCCGUUCAAGAGCCUCAGCUAAGGCCUGCACGGGUCCGAGCUGCCCCCGCUGCCUGGUGGUCGGCUGCAGAGCUGGAGGAGGACUGGGCACGGCAGGGUGUGCAGAUCCGCGACAGUGUGGAUUUGGCCUGAUGCAGAUACACAUUUGAGAUACUCUCCCUCUUGGAUCUGAUUUGAAAUACGCAGCUUCCAUCUCUAGUCCAAGGAAAGACUGAAACAUAGGGAAGUAAAAGCAUUUGUCUUUGUUUUGGAAGUAAUUGUGCCACUCAUCACCUGUUUAGAUGCAGUGUUUGUAGGAGGUUGAUUGCUAAUAAAGACCAAAUUUACACUGGCAUGUGUGGUGUAGUUUCUAAAAGGCACUUCACAUUUGAACUUUUUCUUAACUUAGAGAAUUUCAAGUUAUCUAAAUGUCUAGUUUUGUAUCCCUUUGUGUAUGUUCACUGUUCUUCGGCAUUACUGCUUGAAUAAUUCUCUGUAUUGCGGGGGGUGGUUGUACUAUACACGGGAGUAUCUAAUUGUAGCAAUAAAGCUUUUCUUUAAAAA